AUGACAAUACACUUCAACCUGCACGAGGCAGUGAAGGAGGAGGCACACAGGGGCCCUCCUCACAGCCCAACUUCCACCUCCCAGCCCUCCUCACAGCCCAACUUCCACCUCCCAGCCCUCCUCACAGCCCCCAACUUCCACCUCCCAGCCCUCCUCACAGCCCCCAACUUCCACCUCACAGCCCCCUCACAGCCCCCAACUUCCACCUCACAGCCCCCAACUUCCACCUCCCAGCCCUCCUCACAGCCCCCAACUUCCACCUCCCAGCCUACCUCCCAGCCCAACUCCCACCUCCUAGCCUACCUCCCAGCCUUCCUCCCAGCCCAACUCCCAGCUACCAGUCCACGUCCCAGCUUCCAGCCCUCCUCACAGCCCAACUUCCACCUCCCAGCCCUCCUCACAGCCCAACUUCCACCUCCCAGCCCUCCUCACAGCCCAACUUCCACCUCCCAGCCCUCCUCACAGCCCAACGCCCAACUUCCACCUCCCAGCCCUCCUCACAGCCCAACGCCCAACUUCCACCUCCCAGCCCUCCUCACAGCCCCUAACUUCCACCUCCCAGCCCUCCUCACACCCUCCUCACAGCCCCCAACUUCCACCUCACAGCCCCCAACUUCCACCUCACAGCCCCCAACUUCCACCUCCCAGCCCUCCUCACAGCCCCCAACUUCCACCUCCCAGCCUACCUCCCAGCCCAACUCCCACCUCCUAGCCUACCUCCCAGCCUUCCUCCCAGCCCAACUCCCAGCUACCAGUCCACGUCCCAGCUUCCAGCCCUCCUCCCAGCCCAACUCCCAGCUCCCAGCCCACCUCCCAGCCCACCUCCCAGCUCCCAGCCCACCUCCCAGCCCACCUCCCACCUCCUAG